AGGGGAACUGAGGCACGAGGCCAGAGGCAGCCGGAGCUGCUGCUGCCGCCGCCCUGGGGACAUGCGGGUGCCAAAGAGGGGGGACAGGGUGAGCCCGAGGGGACCCCGCCGGGCCACUGAGCCCCUGGGGGGGCACAGGACGAGGGGGGUGCUGUGGGUGCCCACCCAGGGCGGGGGCCACCAUGGGACCCCCACCCCGCGUGUCCCUGGUGCUGCUGCUGCUGCUGGCGGCCGAGAGGACGGCGAGGGGCUCCUUCCCCGAGGAGCCCGGGCCCAUCGCCGUGGCCCCCCCGGACUAUGUGAAGCACUACCCCGUGUUCGUGGGCCACAGCACCGCCCGCCCGGGGGGCCCCGAGGUGGGGGGCACCCAGCGCCUCAACAUCCAGCGCAUGCUCAAGGUCAACAGGACCCUCUUCAUCGGGGACAGGGACAACGUGUAUCGAGUCAGCCUGGAGCCCAGCGGGGCCGCUGAGCUGCGCUACCACCGGAAGCUGACGUGGCGCUCGAACCAGCACGACAUCAGCAUCUGCCGCAUGAAGGGCAAGCACGAGGCAGAGUGCCGAAAUUUCAUCAAGGUGCUGCUGGUGAGGAACGAGAGCCUCCUGUUCGUCUGUGGCACCAACGCCUUCAACCCCGUCUGCGCCAACUACAGCAUGGACACCCUGGAGCCCAUCGGGGACAACAUCAGCGGCAUGGCCCGGUGUCCCUACGACCCCAAGCACGCCAACGUGGCCCUGUUCACAGGGGGGAUGCUCUUCACGGCCACCGUGACGGAUUUCCUGGCCAUUGACGCCGUCAUCUACCGCAGCCUCGGGGACAGCCCCACCCUGCGCACCGUCAAACACGACUCCAAGUGGUUCAAAGAGCCCUACUUCGUGCACGCCGUGGAAUGGAGGAGCCACGUCUACUUCUUCUUCCGGGAGAUCGCCAUGGAGUUCAACUACCUGGAGAAGGUGGUGGUGUCACGGGUGGCCCGGGUGUGCAAGAACGACAUGGGGGGCUCGCAGCGGGUGCUGGAGAAGCAGUGGACGUCCUUCCUCAAGGCCCGGCUCAACUGCUCCGUGCCGGGCGAUUCCCACUUCUACUUCAACGUCAUCCAAGCCGUGACGGACAUCCUGGAGCUGGACGGGCGCCCCGUGGUCCUGGCCGUGUUCUCCACGCCCGCCAACAGCAUCCCCGGCUCCGCCGUCUGCGCCUUCGACAUGGCCCAGGUGGCCGCGGUCUUCGAGGGACGGUUCCGGGAGCAGAAGUCACCCGAGUCCAUCUGGACUCCUGUGCCCGAGGACAUGGUGCCAAAGCCACGGCCCGGGUGCUGCGCGUCCCCGGGGAUGCGCUACAACUCCUCCAGCGCCUUCCCCGACGAGAUCCUCAACUUCGUCAAGACACACCCGCUGAUGGACGAGGCGGUGCCGGCCCUGGGCAACGCCCCCUGGAUCCUCCGCACCAUGACCCGGUACCAGCUCCGUAAGAUCGUGGUGGACACCGCAGCGGGGCCCUGGGGCAACCACACCGUGGUGUUCCUGGGCUCCAGCACCGGCACCGUGCUCAAGUUCCUCAUCCUGCCCAACGCCAGCAGCAGCCCCGCGCCCGCCCCCGGCAGCCAGAGCGUCUUCCUGGAGGAGUUUGAGACCUACCAGCCCGGGAGGUGUGGCCGGGACACAGAGGACGAGCGGCGGCUGCUGGGGCUGGAGCUGGACAAGGCUGCGGGCUCGCUGCUGCUGGCCUUCCCCCCGUGCGUGGCCAGGGUGCCCGUGGCCCGCUGCCAGCAGCACUCGGCCUGCAUGAGGAACUGCCUCGGGAGCCGGGAUCCCUACUGCGGCUGGACACCCGAGGGCUCCUGCGUCUUCCUGGAGCCCAGCCCCAGAGUGGCCUUCGAGCAGGACAUCGCCGGUGGCAGCACGUCCCACCUGGGCGAGUGCGAGGGGCUGGUGACAGAGAGCUUCGUGGAUGAGCCGGACGGGCUGGUGUCCGUCAACCUCCUGGUGAUCUCCUCCGUCGCCGCCUUCGUCAUCGGCGCCGUCAUCUCGGGCUUCAGCGUGUGCUGGUUCAUCGGGCACCGGGACCGCAAGGAGCUGGCGCGGCGCAAGGACAAGGAGACGAUCCUGGCGCACAGUGAGUCGGUGGUGAGCGUCAGCCGCCUGGGCGAGCGGCGCGCCCGCGGGGCGCUGCUGGCCCCGCUCAUGCCCAACGGGUGGCCCAAGGAGCUGGGCAAGGUCACCCAACACGACCUGGACUCGGGGGUGCUGCCCACGCCGGAGCAGACCCCGCUGCAGCAGAAACGCUGCCCCGGCGCCCUCCAGAACUGCACGUGGGAGCAGAGCCACAACAUCAUCAACGCGGCUCUGCGGGACCCUGGAGGCUCCGGCCCCGCGGGCGCCGGGCGGGGGCACGGCGGCUCCGGCCGCCCGCCGCGGGGCAUCCCCCUCUCCUGCCACGCCAUCCUGGUGGACCAGGAGCUGGAGGCCGAACUCAGCGACUCCUCAGGUGACGGGCAUUGGGCUCGGGACCCUCAGGAGGGUCCCCGCACCCGGCAGCACCCACCCGCCGGCGCCCGCCGCCCGCCCCGCAGCUCCUACGGCGACUUCGGCGGGACGCCGCACCCCAGCCCCGAGCGCCGGCGGGUGGUCUCGGCACCCAGCGGGGAGGGGGGAGACUUUACCGAGGGGCCGCCCUGGCACCCCGAGCAGCUGAACUUCAACGCCAACAACGGCACGGGCCGCCCCGGCGCCCACCUCAAGAGGAACCACACGUUCAACAGCGGCGAGGCGGCGGCGGGCGGCUACGGGCGGCACGGCCCGGCGGCCCGGGCAGCGCGGGCACCGGGCACCCCGCGGCCGCUGACGGACCUGCACCACCUCCUGCGCUACGGCGUGGAGCGGACUCCCUCGGGAAAAUAGGGUCCCACCCUCGGCAGGACACUGAUGGGGCCCCCGGCUCCCUGGGGACAGGGAGGGGUGGCCGGGCAGGAGCUGCGGGCGUGGGGUGAGGUGCUGCAUGGGUGAGGGGGGACAGGCACCCCCUGGGUGCCCCCGGAUAGGGUUUGGGGGUGUCCCCGGCUGGCGUGGGGCAGUGCCCUGCGCUCCGGCUGCUUUGUCCCAUAUGCCGGGGGGGGUUGGCCACCGUGUCCCCUCCCCAGGCUGGGCCCAGGGCCCGCAGCACCCUGGGAGGGGAAUCCCUGGGGGGCAGCAGGAUGGACACACGGACAUGGGCACUGGGCUGUGUCCCCCAGCCCGCAGCCCCUCGGCCCGUCAGGGGCACCCAAGGGGCCUUUUGGGUGCUGCCAGCCCCCUGGGGACACCCGGCCAGGGGUGCAUCGGUUGUGGUGAUGGAACCCGGUGAACAUUUUGGGUGCGGGGGGCUGGGAGCCCCCCGAAUGUGGCGUUAUCUGGGGAUGGGGCGCACUCCCACCCCCAGUCUGGGGUCAGCCCCUUCCCAGUGCCAGCCUGGGGGUUGCCCCUCCUUCCCCCCCGGCACCCCCUCCUGGAAAGCACAGCCGGGGUGGGGGGCACGGCUGGGGGGUCCCCACCGAACCCACUCUCUGCUGGCAAAGGGUGCCCUUUCGGUGCCACCCCUGCCCGGCACCCACCCGGGGUGGCGUGUCGCGGGGGAGUGGCAGGUCCCCGGGGGAUGGCAGGUCCCCAGGGGGUGGCAGGCUGUAAAUAGGGCUGGGGGCGGCGGGAGCCCCCCCCCAGCGGCCAUGCAUGCGGCCGCCCGCGGGCUGUACCCCGCGGCCCCAAUAAACACCCGGUUACCG